AUGGCUCUGGCGGCCAAGAACCCUUGCAGCCCGCUGUGGUCCUUGGCAGCCCUCUACUUUCUCCCAGGGCACUGCCCAGCCAUGGACAGCAGAAUGGUGCUCCUCCUGAGUGUCCUGGCUUCUUGUCAUGGGUUCAACCUGGAUGUGGAGGACCCCUUGAUCAUCAGAAAGAAUGCAGCUGGCUUUGGGCAGACCGUGGUGCCAUUUGGCAGCUCUAGACUCGUAGUCGGAGCCCCUCUCGAGGUGGUAGCAGUCAACCAAACAGGACGGUUGUACGACUGUUCACCUGCCACUGGCAUGUGCCAACCCAUCUUGCUGCACAUCCCCCCAGAGGCUGUGAACAUGUCCCUGGGCCUGUCCCUGGUGACUGCCACCAACUUCUCCCAGUUGCUGGCCUGUGGCCCCACUGUGCACAGGAGGUGUGGGGAGAACACAUAUGCAAAAGGAUCCUGCCUCCUGCUGGGCUCCCGCAUGCAGUUCAUCCGGACAGUCCCUGUUGCCCUGCCAGAGUGCCCAGAGCAAGACAUAGACAUUGUCUUCCUGAUUGACGGCUCUGGCAGCAUUGACCAAAAUGACUUUAGACAGAUGAAGGACUUCGUCACAGCCAUGAUGGUCCAGUUCAAUGACACCAACACCAUGUUCUCCCUGAUGCAGUACUCAAACAUUCUGCAGACUCACUUCACCUUCUCUGAAUUCUGGAACAGCCUGAGACCUCAGAGCCUGGUGGAUCCCAUCAUCCAGCUGAAAGGCCUGACAUUCACAGCCACUGGCAUCCAGCAAGUGGUGAAAGAGCUAUUUCAUAGCAAAAAUGGUGCACGCAAAAGUGCCAAGAAGAUCCUAAUUGUCAUCACUGAUGGGCAGAAGUACAGAGAUCCCCUGGAAUACAGUGAUGUCAUCCCCCAGGCAGAGAAAGCUGGCAUCAUUCGCUAUGCCAUUGGGGUGGGAGAUGCCUUCCAGGAACCCUCUGCCCAGCAGGAGCUGAACACUAUUGGCUCAGCGCCACCGCAGGACCAUGUGUUCAAGGUGGACAACUUUGCAGCACUUGGCAGCAUUCAGAAGCAGCUUCAGGAGAAAAUAUUUGCCAUUGAGGGAACCCAGUCAAGAACAAGUAGCAGCUUUCAGCAUGAGAUGUCACAAGAAGGUUUCAGUUCAGUUCUCACAAUGGAUGGGCCAGUUCUGGGGACCGUGGGGAGCUUCAGCUGGUCUGGAGGUGCCUUCCUAUACCCUCCAAAUACGAGACCCACCUUCAUCAACAUGUCUCAGGAAAAUGUGGACAUGAGGGAUGCUUACCUGGGUUACUCCAGCGAGCUGGCCUUCUGGAAGGGGGUCCAGAGCCUGAUCCUGGGGGCCCCUCGCUACCAGCACACCGGGAAGGUCGUCAUCUUCACCCAAGAAUCCAAGCGAUGGAGGCCAAAAUUCGAAGUCAGAGGGACGCAGAUCGGCUCCUACUUCGGGGCCUCCCUCUGCUCCAUGGACAUGGACAGCGAUGGCAACACUGAUCUGGUUCUCAUUGGAGUCCCCCAUUACUAUGAGCAGACCCGAGGGGGGCAGGUGUCCGUGUGUCCAAUGCCCGCGGGGAGGAGCAGGUGGCAGUGUGAGGCCAUUCUCCAUGGGGAGCACGGCCAUCCUUGGGCCCGCUUUGGGGCAGCUCUGACAGUGCUGGGAGAUGUGAAUGGAGACCAUGUGACAGAUGUGGCCAUCGGGGCGCCUGGGGAGCAGGAUAACCAGGGUGCUGUUUACGUAUUUCAUGGCGUCUCAAGACUGACCAUCAGCCCCUUGCCUAGCCAGCGGGUCCCUGGCUCCCAGCUCUCCUCUGGGCUCCAAUAUUUUGGGCAGUCACUGAGUGGAGGCCAGGACUUCACCCAGGAUGGACUGGUAGACCUGGCUGUGGGGGCCCAGGGACAUGUGCUGCUGCUCAGGAGUCUACCUGUGCUGAAAGUGGGGAUAUCCAUUAGAUUUGCUCCUAUGGAGGUGACAAAGUCUGUGUACCAGUGCUGGAAAGAGGUGCCCAUUGCCCUGGAAGCUGGGAAGGCCACUGUCUGUUUCACUAUCCAGAGAGGCUCUCUUGGCCAGCUAGGUGACAUCCAAGGUUCUGUCAGGUAUGAUCUGGCACUGGACCCAGGCCGUCUGAUUUCUCGUGCCAUUUUUGAUGAGAGCAAGAACAGGACUUUGACUAGAAGAAAAACGCUGGGGCUGGGGGAUCACUGUGAAACAAUGAGGCUGCUUUUGCCAGACUGUGUGGAGGAUGUGCUGAGCCCCAUCAUCCUGCGCCUCAACUUCUCCCUGGUGAGAGAUCCUGCCUCACCUAGGAACCUGCGCUCUGUGUUGGCAAUGGGCUCACAAGACCUCUUCACAGCUUCUCUUCCCUUUGAGAAGAGCUGUGGGCAAGAUCACCUGUGUGAGGGCGGUGUGAGCAUCAGCUUCAGCUUCUCGGGCCUGCAGACCCUGUUGGUGGGGAGCUCCCUGGAACUCAAUGUGACAGUGACUGUGUGGAAUGAAGGGGAGGACUCCUAUGGAACUGUGGUCAACUUCUACUACCCAGCUGGACUGUCCUAUCAACGAGUGUCAGGAACACAGCAACCUCGUGAGCGCCCCCUGCGCCUGGCAUGUGAGGCGAAGCCCGCGGAGGACGAGGACCUGAGGAGCUGCAGCUGCAGCAUAAACCACCCGGUCUUCGAAGAAGGCUCGGAGGGCACCUUCGUAAUAACAUUUGAUGUAUCUUUCAAGGCCACCCUGGGAGACAGGUUGCUUGUGAGGGCCAAUGUGAGCAGUGAAAAUAAUAACCCUGCAACAAGCAAGACUACUUUCCAACUGGAGCUUCCAGUGAAAUACAUGCUGUACACAGUGAUCAGCAGGCAGGAAGAUUACACCAAGUACAUCAACUUUUCAUCUUCUGAUGGGAAAAGCAGGAAAGAGGUCGAACAUCGGUAUCAUGUAAACAACCUGAGUCAGCGGGAACUGGCCAUCAGCAUUAACUUCUGGGUGCCCACCAUGCUAAACGGUGUGGCUGUGUGGGAUGUGACUGUGGAGGCUCCUUCACAGAGUCUCCCCUGUGUGUCAGAGAGGGAACCUCCCCAGUGUUAUGACUUCCUGAUCCGGAUUCCAGGGAGUUCUGUACUGGACUGCUCCAUCGCUGACUGCCUGCACUUCCGCUGUGACAUCCCCUCUUUUGGCAUCCAGGAGGAGCUGGACUUCAUUCUGAAGGGCAACCUCAGCUUCAGCUGGGUCAGCCAGACAUUGCAGAAGAAGGUGUUGGUCAAGAGUGUGGCAGAAAUCACAUUCAGCACAUCUGUGUAUUCCCAGCUUCCAGGACAGGAGGCAUUUCUGAGAGCCCAGAUGGAGACGGUGCUAGAAGAAUAUGAGGUCUAUGAUUUCAUCUUCCUUGUGGUGGGCAGCUCAGUGGGAGGUCUGCUACUGCUGGCUGUUAUCACAGCCAUCCUGUACAAGCUUGGCUUCUUCAAACGUCGGUACAGAGGAAUGCUGGGUGGUAAACCUGAAGACCCUUUCCUAGCCAGUGGAGUGGAUUUCAGCGGUGAGACCCCACAUUUGCCUACACCUUAG